CCGCGCCAGUGUCUCCGUCCGCCCCCUCCCUGACUCGUUCCACUUACCCCCCGAGCCGCCUCCCUCCCUCACCACCGCCCCGACGCUCGGCCACACAACGCCCGGCCCGGUGCACCUACUCCCCGCAUACCCCAGCUCCAUUCCCUUGGAAAUGGAAGACGACACCACCACGGCGGCGGCCAAAGACGCCGUAUCCAUGGUUCUCCGGCUUGACGGACUUCUAAUCGAGAUCCUACUCCGCGUCGGCUUCCCCACCACCCUCGUCCGCGCCGCCGCCGUCUGCAAGCGCUGGUACCACCUCGCCUCCGACAUGGGCUUCCUCCGCCGCUUCCGUAAGCUCAACCCGCCCCGCCUCCUCGGGUUAUACAUCCAUGGAUCCCCAGUUUCGUCCCCAAUCACCCAGAGGUUCGUCCCUGUGCUCCCUGAGCCCCCCGAGCUGCUUGCCGCCGCCGUCCGUACCGUCGAGGGCUACAGCUUCCCCACGCGCGAGUCCGAGGCAAAUUUGGCACGUCACUGCCGGAACGGCAGCGUCUUCACCACCCUGUGCGGCGAUCUAUAUGGAUACCAACUUCAGCAUGAAGUGCACAAUCCACUUUGCCCCCGUGCUACAGCCAUUAGCAUCAACCCACGGCUGACGUUCAAUCCAGCACCACCAGCGACAGGGUUUGAAGUGCUGACCAGAGAGGAAGAAGACGGCAGCUUAUCCUACUAUUAUGUGUUUAUGGAGCUUUCCUAUGAUGAGAUUGGGUCAACUGUUCCGCCAAAACAUUGGACCGCGCGAGUGUACAUGUUGCAGGAUGGCAUCUGGCGCAGCCAUACCACAGCCACGCCACGGAUCCCUGUUGGGCGGGCAGGACACUCUGUGCUGAUUCAAAACAAAGUCUACAUGACUGUCACCAUGAGGGAUAUCAGUGUCUUGGAUUUGAAUACGUCAAGCUUUUCAACAGUUCAGCUUCCAGAUGGAGUGCAGCAUCCAGCUUCAGACUUCAUGCUGUCCUGCACCCCCGAUGGUUCCAGUAUCUACCUCGUCGAGCUGAAGGACUUUCAGCUUUGCAUCUUGAUAUACAAGGGAGGCUGCUGGUCCAUUGCGGACACAAUUCUGCUUGUCAUGUGUGCGGGUUUGAUGAUUUCAGAUUGCACGAUUGAGGAUGCACAUUCUUCUUCUCCUUGGAUUAAACAUGUGGGGGACCACGCUGAGUUUGUGCUCUUGCAAAUGGGUCGACAUGUCCGAUAUCUGGAUACGAGGUGCAGGACAUUGCGCACAUUGUAUGAGAUGUCAGCGGAGGAACAAACUUGGGAGAGUAUUGCCAUAAUUCCUUUCAUGAUGAUCUGGCCUCCCGUAUUCCCUUCCCUGAGAAAUUGCAAUGUGCAGAAGUAAGAUACCAGGAAGCUCUUGGGGUAUCUACGUCAAGUGAAGUGGUGGCAUCUCAGGAGUUACCUGCAUUUCUUAAGUAACCAUAGCAGUUCGGACUGCCCUUAUUAUGUUCUGUAAUGGAUUUAUCAAUUAGGAGUAGGAUUCGACUUAACCGGAGCAGCUACUGCCUACUGCGUACUCUCUCCAUUCCAAAACAUAACUCAUAUAGAUUUUUCUCAUUUGUUUCACAAUACACCUCAUUUUUCUCUUCA